AUGGCGAUGGCUCUCUCAGUCAGACGAUUAAAUCUCCUCUCACCUAUAUUCAGAAACACUGUCAACCUCUUCUCCUCUCACUGCGACAUCGCCGACCUUCAAAACGACGUCGUCUCGAUGGACGAAAGCGACGAAACACCAUCGCCUACCCCGCCCCCCGCCGCCGUCGAACUCUCUCCUGAAGAAACCCUCGCCGCCAACAAGUUCUACUCACUAAUUAAGGACCACCAGCGCAAGAACCCCAAUCUCCUCUUAAACCCCCAAACCCCCAUAAACCCUAGCGUCGCCUUCGCCUCACUCUCCUACGAAUUCUCCAACAUCUCCGCCCCGUCCCCCGCCGUCAUUCUCCGCGUGAUCGAUAAGUGCGCCGCUCCCCGCCACGGCAUUCCCUUUCCCCAAACCCUCGCGUUCUUCAACUGGGCCACGCUGAGGCUACAAGAUUCCUCUCUCCCCACAGAAAUAUUCAACGAAAUGAUCGAUCUUUCCGGGAAGGUGCACCAGUUUGACGUCGCCUGGCACCUGAUCGACUCAAUGAGAUCCCAAAACCUCGGACUAUCCCUCCACACAUUCUCGAUCCUCAUCCGUCGUUACAUCCGAGCAGGGCUACCCGCCGAGGCCGUCCACACGUUCAACCGGAAGCAAGAUUAUGGAUGUGAACCCGACAGGAAAGCUUUCUCUUUUGUGAUCGGCAUGCUCUCCCGAAGAAGAUGUGCCCCUGAGGCCCAAGCCUUCUUCGACUCCCUAAAACACAAAUUCGAGCUCGAUGUCGUGGUCUACACGAGCCUGAUCCACGCGUGGUGCCGUGCGGGUAAUAUUGACGAGGCCGAGAGGGUAUUUAGGGAAAUGAAAAAAACAGGGAUUGAGCCGACAGUCUACACUUACACGGCCGUGAUUGAUGCUCUCUGCAGGUGUGGGCAGAUCACACGCGCACACGAUGUGUUUGCUGAAAUGCUAGAUGUGGGCUGUCCUCCAAAUGCGGCUACUUUUAAUAAUUUGAUGCGAGUCCACGUAAAAGCCGGGAGGACUGAGAAGGUGCUCCAAGUGUACAACCAGAUGAGGAAACUCUCGUGCGAGCCAGAUGUCAUAACAUAUAAUUUCUUGAUAGAUGCUCACUGUAGGGAUGGGAACCGAGAUCAAGCAGUCAAGGUGCUUAAUGUCAUGAUCACGAAAGGGUGUGACCCGAACGAGUCGAGUUUUAACCCGAUAUUCAGGUGUGUGGCCAAAGAUCAGGAUGUGAAUGCAGCCCAUCGAUUGUUUUCCCGGAUGAAGGAUGUGGGGUGCAAGGCGAAUACUGUUACGUAUAAUAUAUUGAUGCAAAUGUUUUCUUUGUCGAGGUCGACUGAUAUGGUUAUCAAGCUUUGGAAGAAGAUGGUGGAGAGUGAGGUGGAGCCUAAUGUGAAUAGCUACAAGAUUAUUAUCACAAUGUAUUGUCUGAUGGGUCACUGGAAUAAUGCUUACAAGUAUUUUAAGGAGAUGGUGGAGGAGAAGUGUUUGAGGCCGAGCCCGAAGGUUUAUGAGAUGGUUAUGGAGCAGUUGAAAAAGGCAGGGCAGCUGAAGAUGCAAGAGGAGUUGAUGGGGAAAAUGGCGGAGAGGGAGUUUAUAGCUCGGCGUUUGUAG